AUGGGAACGCACGUUAUUAUAUCUCGUAAACCAGAAUUCUAUCAUAGACAAUGUAGUCAAUGCAACUCUCAACUAGAGUUUCAGAUACCUACAACAGUAACGUUACCCUCUCAAAUAUCCGUUAAAUGUUACUCGUGUCAAAGUAUAAAUAGUUUCGAAAUAGACCAGGAUGCAACUAAGUUUAUAAAUGGAACGAACUCAAACAAAACUGGUGGCUCUAAAAAAAAACGUCAAUUUGGAACAGCACAAGAACCUCUAGAGACAGAGCUUUAUGAAAUACUUGGAGUAUCUCCGACUGCGUCUAGCAGUGAAAUCAAGAAACAAUACCAUAAACUUGCGUUACAGUUUCAUCCGGAUAAAAAUAAAUCAGCAGACGCAGAACAGCAGUUUAAAAAAAUAUCUGAUGCGUAUCAAAUUUUGUCAAACCCUGACUUGAGACAAAGAUAUAAUGAAUUUGGUGGAAAAAAUAAUGUUGAGCCUGAAGGAGGAUUUGUAAAUCCGGAAGAUUUCUUCAGGCAACAAUUUGGCGGAGACCGGUUUGUUGAUAUAAUUGGUGAAAUAUCCAUUGGAAGAGAUAUGAAAGAAGUAUUACAAAAAGCAGAUGAAAUGUCAAAUGAAGAAGGUCUCACAGAAGAAGAAAAAAUUCGCCGAGAAACAACUAAAACAGCACAUGACGAAGAACGUGAUAAAAUUCGACAACAACGCAUAGACAAAUUGGUCGCUAAUCUAAUACACAAGUUAUCAAUGUAUGUGGAUGGAAUCGACUACAAUCCUUCAGCUACUACAGAUUUCAAAAGCAUUAUUGAAUAUGAAGCAGAGGAGCUCAAGGCUGAGUCUUAUGGGGUUGAAUUAUUGCAUGCAAUUGGUUUUACCUAUUCAUUAAAAGCAAAGCAGUACCUUGCAUCUGAGCAGUUUUUCGGAGUACCACGAUUUGGACAUAUUCUCCGAGAAAAGGGUCAUGUGUUUUCAGAAACCAUCUCGACGUUACGAUCUGCUAUAGAUUUACAACAAUCCUUCAAGGAAUUACAGAAAGCUGAACAAGAUGGUCUGAACGCGCAAGAUAAAAGCUCUAAACUUGAAGUGGAAGGUGUCUUGAGAGAAGUAUGUGAUCGAGUACUGUCAGACCCUAAUAUUCCUAAAUUGGUUCUUAAAAAACGUGCUGAAGGACUUAAAAUUAUCGGUGCUGUAUAUGAAAGCGUCAAAGGAGACGUUGCCCAAUAA